CUGGCCGAUGGAACUAGGAGUUUUUCAUAGCGCACGGUAAAAGGAAGCAGGUUUUCAUUUGUUCAUUUUUCUACCAGGAAACUCAGAGGCAGCGAAGCAUCGAAUAGUGGAAUUUGAGAGCUGGCAGCAGGCCCGAGACAAAGUGCAGUGGGAAGAUGAUAGAGGCAGAUGAAACCUACAACGCAAGCCCGGCUGUAUUUCAGUGCAACCUGCCAGUGUGUAGUCUCUGCUGUGUGUGCGCUACAAAGGAUUCUAGUCCCAAUGGCUCAGUAUCCCACUGCACAGAUGAGAUCUCUCUCUGUCUUUCGCAUUCAUCUUUUUUCUGGAGCUGCCAAAAGAAAUUGAAGGUUUGCUUUCUGACUUACCAUGGAGAGGUUGGUUGUCUCUCUACUGGUUAUUAGCACUGCCGUGAAAGCCAUGAUGUGUCCCAAACGGUGUAUGUGUCAAAACCUCUCUCCAUCCUUCACCAUCCUCUGUACCAAGACGGGGCUUCUCUUCGUGCCCCCCAGUAUUGACAGGAGAACAGCAGAGCUCAGAUUAAUGGAUAAUUUCAUCACCACCCUUCGAAGAAAAGAUUUUGCAAACAUGACGAACCUUAUUCACUUGACGCUCUCGAGAAAUACAAUAAGUCAAAUCAUGCCAUAUGCAUUUUUUGAUCUUAAAGGCCUUCAUGCGUUACAUUUGGACAGUAACCGGCUGACUUGUAUUGAUGAGGAUCAUUUCAAAGGGUUAAUUAAUCUCCGCCACUUAAUACUCAGUAACAAUCAAAUAAACUAUAUUUCUCCUGGAUCUUUGGAUGACUUUCUCGAAACACUCGAGGACCUGGAUCUAUCCUAUAAUAAUCUUGUUAAUAUUCCUUGGGAUACAAUUGGGAGGCUUUCUAGCGUCAAUACGAUCAGUUUGGAUCACAACCUCAUUGAGUUUGUUCCAGAAGGAAUCUUCUCUAACCUUCACAAACUUGCUCGGUUGGACAUGACCUCCAACAAAUUGAAAAAAAUCCCCCCCGACCCUUUGUUCUCCAGAAUCCCCGUGUAUGCUAAAUCGAAAGGGUCACCAUUGUCUUCUCUGGUGCUGAGCUUUGGAGGGAACCCGCUGCACUGCAACUGUGAAUUAGUGUGGCUGAGACGCCUGACCAGAGAAGACGAUCUAGAAACGUGUGCCUCGCCACCAGACUUGAUGGGCAAGUACUUCUGGUCCAUUAAAGAGGACGAGUUUGUCUGCGAGCCUCCCAUGAUAACGCAUCGGACGCCAAAGCUGGUGGUUAUGGAGGGCCAGAACAUCUCUUUAAAAUGCAAAGCGGUGGGUGACCCAGAUCCCUACGUUCGCUGGAUCUCACCCGAGGGGAAGCUGGUCUCCAAUACGUCCAGGACAAUUUCCUACGAGAAUGGAACUUUGGAUAUUCUGGCUACGUCUUUGACAGAUAAAGGCACGUUUACCUGCAUAGCAUCGAAUGCAGCAGGAGAAUCGACAGCGCUCGUCGAACUUGUUGUUAACCCUUACCCCCAGCUUGCGAACAGUACCAACUGCGAGAAAGACGCCGAGUCGGGCCCGUCCGACAGUCUUAUAUCUGCUAAGUCGAGUUUCCCUAACGAAACGAAGGCUCACCAGGGAAAGAAGGUCGUGGUUGCUGAGCUCUCCUCAUCUUCUGCUCUCAUCCAGUGGCCUUCCCAGCAUCACAUCCCAGGGAUACGAAUGUACCAGAUUCAAUAUAACAGCUCUUCGGAUGACAUACUCGUUUACAGGAUGAUCCCGGCCGUCAGCAAAUCCUUCUUCCUGACCGAUCUGGUGGCAGGCCGGGAGUACGACCUCUGUGUCCUCGCAGUGUACGACGACGGGUUGACUUCUCUCACGGCCACUCGGGCGAUCGGGUGCGUGCAGUUCACCACGCACGAAGAAUACAAGCACUGCCGCUCUCUACGGGCCCAGUUCCUCGGCGGGACCAUGAUCAUCAUCAUCGGCGGGAUCAUCGUGGCUUCGGUCCUCGUUUUCAUCUUCAUUCUUCUCAUGAAGUACAAAGUCUACAACAAUCCCCAGAAAAAUAAAGCCACCAAGGUGAGCAACGUCUGCUCGCAGACCAACGGCUGUCAGAGCGGGUCCCUGGCCCGGUCGGCUUCCCGACUCGCCGAGGGACGGGAAAGUUUGCAUCCAGAAUGCCCAGGAACGGCCCUCAAAGGCAAAACGGUGGUGGAUUUGGAUUGUGAACGAGCGACUCUUACCGACCCCCCCUUUUUAACGACUGAAGUAUUCUCUCACUAGCAAUGUGGCCACGCCGGACACGCACCACAUGAGCCCAGGCGACAUCACUGGCAACCUUUUAACACGCGGGGUUGUAUUUUAAGCUUUCACGACUCUUGUCUAUUUUUAAGAUCAGAUGGUUUAAAAUAUUUUUUUAAUCUGUAAAACGGUUCCUGCAUUCUUAACUAUUUUUGUUCCAAUAUAUUAAAUAUAAAGUGUGUGAUUUGCAAAAUUUUUUUUUUUACUGUUUCUUUUAUAGCCUACAUCUCUGGUUUUGAAUCGGAAGCAUAAGUAUCGCCCGACUAGCUUUGUCUUUGCUACCGAGCUGUUAAUGAGCAAUGAAAUGUUAUAAAAAGUUCUCCGCUUGUUCACCCCGAGAUGUUCCUCAGUCUGUGUUGCGUUGUGUACAUGUCAUCUGCAAAACCACACGCAAAAGGUUCUUCUGUGGACAAAAUACUACUCCAGAUACGGCAAAGGAAAUUGAAGGAUUUUAACAUUGUCUCACAAUUCUGCGUCGGUACAGAAUUGUUGGCACAUGCUAUUUGCUUUGUAAAGGCUGGUGAUAUCCAAGACUGUGCCUUCCACACCCUUCUCUUGCUUUUCAGUUAGAUUUAGCUCAAUAUAGACAGUGAGUUUUGUCCAGUUUUGUCCUUCCGAAUUUAAGUCUUCAGAAAACCACUGAACUUAGAAAUUGUGUGUUGUGCGCAAUUUUGCCACAACGCAAACUGUGUCUUAAUCUCCCACUCUCAAAUUGUGCCAAGUCUGAGUUAAUCGCGCUCUUUCUGAUCUGUUUUUUAGAGUGAGGACCCAGAAAUUAAACUCACCUCUUCCAAGGGGCAUCGUCAGAUAACAUUUCUAACCCAUUUCUUCUUUCUGUAGUACUGCAUGACACAUAACGCCUUGGCCCACAGCUGGGACAUGUCAAUGUUUAUGUGCCAUUCAUUUUAACAGAUCAUAAUUAAGAAUUAUUUUUUUUCUUUGUUUAAAGAGGUACUGUCGGGUCAAAAUGGGUCCCAAAUUUAGGAUUUGGUAAUGAUCUUCUACAAAACCUAAGAGCAAUCCAGGAGGUUUUUUUUUUUAAAAUGAUUGUCAUAACUAACAGUAUUCCUCCACACUGUUCUAGCAUGUGAAUUUGAAAGCAAACCUAUUUAAAAAAAAAAAAUCCUAUCUAAAUAAAACUGACUAGUCUCUUUCUUGUGGUCCAAAAGGAAAGAAAUGAUAUGAAGGGGGGGAAACUAACAAGAAGGAAGGAAGGAGAUGACUUGAAAAGUAACAGGUUCAUUUCCAAAAGGAAACCAUUGGAAUCCUAAAGAGAAGUGUGUUGUGAUUUAAGAAGAAAAGGCAAUACUUGUUCUAACCUUUCCCCAACCAGCCACAUUUUUCUGCUUGGAUCUGAAAGCAUGGGCCAGGCAAAAAUAUACAGUGGACGGCUUAAAAGCUGGGUUCUUGCGCAACGUUAAAAUAUGAUCCUUUAUUCCUCCCUGGGGUCCUAAAUAGAAGUGCUCAAAAACUAAAUUUUUUCACAUACACAUGUGAAUUGCCACAGUUGCAGGACUCUUUAAAAUGUCCGGUCGACAGAGUUUAUUUGAAAAAAAAAACUGAAAAAAAAAAUAAGUUU